CGACGGUUGAUCGUCUUGUAUCAAGCGGGUUGCGUGGGAGAGCGAGAUGGAUGACUGCGCGGGGUAUGCCAUCUGGCGGGGCCAUAUCCAUGGCGGAGAGGCGAUCGAUUGCAAGCUGGUAUGCUUGGACUCGAAAACUCGCGCCAACUUGUCGGAGUUGUUUCUUCUCGGCGGUCCUGAAUGUGUAGACGUCGCUCUCGGUCUUGUUGUCCCCUGUUGCGGUGGGUUUGUGAGCAAAGCAUGCAGUUCCAAGGAGAGGACGAGGAUUCACAACAAGGUUGCAGAUUUGGGAGGGUUGCGUGCUUUGCGUCUUGCAGCGAACAUGGCGCGCGACGCCACGGCGGCACCUGGGGUGUCUUCUCGCCCAUCAUGGGUAGAUGGGGUCGCCUGCGACCACAGCAGGAGGUUAUUGUUGACGUUGGCAUCGGCAGAUUUCUGUGCGCCGCUGCCCGAGUGCCAGGUUGGAGAGACCUUGACGCACACGGCCAGUCGGCUCCGGAGAAAGGAUGUUAAUAUGCUGUAUGCCCGACUUUUCAAGUUGGCCGGGUAUAGGGGUUUGCUGGCGGGUUCUCGCAUUGCCAAAGAUACCGAUUUUUGGCGCGAAUAUGAUUGCGCUCUUGAGCGGGAAUCUCCCGCCGCUCUUCCCGGUCCCAGACUACACGCGUCUGAGCUGGCAGUUCGGCUUUUGCAGAGUUUGGAGCAGGCGUGUGGUGGAGAGGUCCGGCAACGAGUGGAAGAGAUUCUUCUGGGAUCGGAGGAAGGCGGAAAUGAAAUGUUGCACCAGAUGGUGGAGGGGAGGAAGGGUCUGCUGCACAACGCCGUUGCGGGGCUUCCUCCGGGGAAAGUGUCGGAGGAUGUCAUCGGCUUAUGCUACGCCUUGUGGGCAAUGAAGCAAACAGGCAGUCUGGUAGCCGGUGGCAAACAUCGGGCCAGCAAUGCUUUGGCUCUGUGUCCGGCACGGUCGGGCGCUUCUGCAGCAGGUCGUCAGAGUCACCUGGCGGGAAAGGAAGUGUGCAAGUGGACGCAGCGCGAGCUACUGAAUGAACUAUACGUGUCGGGCGGGACAAAGGCCGUGAAGGCGGGACAAAGACUGGUGGAGUUGCUGGCCAACAAGAGGUGCGAGAUGGAGGUAAGAGUGAAGGGAUCAUGGAGGAGGUUGGGAGAAUUGGAGAGGAAGGUGGUUGCCGAGAUGAUACAGGAAGCCGGACCAUUCGGCCUCAAGGUUGCCGACACGAUGAUCGAUUACUUUCGGUGGACUGUCGGCUGGCGCGCAGCUCCGGCUGGCGGGAAACAUGUGAAGGGGAAAGAGAGAAGCGAAUCGUACUGCAGGUGGACAGAUCAAGCAAUUUGGGAGAUGCAUUUGAUUGGGAAGUUGGUGAUUCUGGGAGGUGUUCGAGCCAUGGAGGUAGGUCUUUCAUUGGUCGAAGAAGCCAGGACGCAGCGCCACCCGCAACGGCUCAGGUUGUUGAUGCAAUCACUGGAGGGUCUUGCUGGGCAAGGCAGUAUACCCGUGGCGACCCAAUUGAUCGGUGGGCUGAAGAAGCGGGCGGACGCUGGGGAGCUCAUCUCGGAGGAAGAAUGGAGCGUAUUGAACGGGCUGAAAAUGCUUGGAGGGAAGUGUAUGUUCCAGCUUGCCAAAUUGCUCCUUCGCGGGCGAAACAAGUGUCCGAGGGAGUGGCAGAACGAGAUUCUCUGCGAGAUUUACAGAGCCAUCGGGCCAAUGGGCUUGGAAAUCGGCGAGUAUUUGCGAUCAAGGUCCGUCGACGCCUUGACUGGCAAAGGUUGCGGUGGUGUAACGGAAGGCUUGUGGGGCUGGGACUCUUGGGAGGUCGUGAAGUGCAGGGAUGUCAGGAAGGAGAGUGUCAUCGGCGACAGGGCAGGACCGACAAAGGCUUAUGAAAAGCUCGUCGCUAAGCUGCAUGAAGCCAGAGCCGAGGGCGAACACUCCGUCUUGGAGACCGUUCUCUCUCUCCGCAAAGGAGAAGCCGAGGCCAUCGGCGACCACUGGCAUGUGCCGGAAAUGAUUCUGAAAUGGGCUUUCAAUCAACGGUGGGAAAUGGUCAGAGAGAAGCUGCUUCUCAAGGGCACCCUGGGUGGGAGCGAAGCCUUGUCCGGUACCGUCUCCAUCAAGAGCCGUCAUAUCAGUCGCGCGGGAAGAGCCAUUCUCCAGAAGUUGGAAAUGUUUCGUCGGCGGCAACUCCGGCAACUUCUCAAGCUUCUCCAGCUGGAGUAUCAAGUGGUUGUGUUCAUCUCCACCGUCGAAUUUCAGCUCGACAAAGAGGACUUCGCCGUCGAUGGCGAUACAGAAUGGUGUUCUGCGGGCAAGAGCAUCAUCGUAUUUAUCACCGGCAAGGACGCGGAAAUUGCCCCUGCCUGGUUCAACGAGAAAUUUAAGCAACUCGGCAACUGGGAGUUCGAACCCGCUGUCGUUUUCGACGCGCACGUGUACGUGCAUCCCUUGAUGGUUUCCGUCAAAGGCUUUCAAUCAUCGUGGGAUUUCCACCGGUGCGUGUCUGCAGGAGAAGCGUGGGACUCAGGUUCCCUGCUCGCUAGGGAUUUCGUGGAGCAGAAGGUGUGGGCUUUCGCCAGGCUUCGUUUCUUUUCGAAUAGUAAACAGUGGGACACUCUGGCGAGGAUAGUGGAGGAAGGUCUCAGCGUCGGCACGGCGCGUCGAUCACGUUUGGUUCUCGCCGUCCGCAUCUUCGAUCUCGCUGGACUUAAGUGCGACAGGUACGUGAGAAGCCUUCGGUCGAAAAUGGAGUCGCUCGUGCCGGGCAAAGCACAGUCCGGAUUGAUUGCCGAAGCAUUCAAGGUAUCGGCCGGGGGGCGGAGCGGUAGGCGCACCGCCACGGAAAAGCUAUUGCUUCCGUCUUCUCCCUCGAGCUCGACUUCCUCGUUGUCUUCGACGUCUUCCGACGACUCCGGGGACGAGGAAUGGCGCCGGCGUAUGCUAGACAAGUUGAAGAAGGAGCAGAGCAAGAAGGAAACGGCGGUAGUCGACAAGCAUCGUCGCCAUCACCGUCAGCACAGUGGGCAGUCCUCGUCUGACUCCGCGGAUACCUAUGCGCAGAAGAUAAGGAAGUCAAAGAUGUUGCCACUUCGCCGUCAUCGCGGCAGCACCAACAUCGACGAUAGCAGCGAUGGCGACGACAGGCGUCGUCGUCGUCAAUCGCAUCGUCAUGAGGCGAAGGUGCAUAGAAAUGUUUCUUUCUCGUGCGACUCCGACAAUAGUAGCGACCACUCUCACAAGGUCGAUAGCUGUUCCGCGAAACGAACUGAUGAUAGACGGCAUCAACAAACUGUGAUCAAGGGAGAAGAACAAAGGAAGGAGCAGAAGAGUUCCGGUGGAGUCUCGGAUGACAGUGAGGGCGCUCGUCUGAAGAAGACUAAGGUGCAAACGACGAACGUAAAGUUGGACAGGAGGACAGUACAAUUGACGACCGACAGCGGCACCGAGACAAUCGUGGAUGACAGCGAAGAGAGUGAUCGUGUGGGCUCGCGAUACAGGAAGGAAAGGACGAGCAAAAUCGGCACGAUCAGGAAGUCGAAGGAGCACUUUGUUCACGAGGGCGACAGCGACCGCGAUCGUUCAUGUGCGCGGUUGACGAAGAAGACUGCUGCAGCAGAUUACAAAAAGUCGAGUGACUCGGUGAAGAAGUCGUCGUCGUCCUCUUCAAAGGUCGAGAACCGCAAGAAGGCGACUAGUGCGAAGCAAUCGGACAGUGGAGUGAGUGAUCGUGGUGGCCGGGGAUACAGUAAGGAAACGACGUACCAAAUCGGGAAGAGCAGCAAGUCAAAGAGGUCGGUUAUCGACGAGAGCGACAGCGACCACGAUAGUUCCUACGAGCACACGACGAAGAAGACGGCUGUGACAGAGGGCGGAAAGUCGAGCGACACGGUGAAGAAGUCGUCCUUGUCCACUUCAAAGGUCCAGCACACGGUGACGGGGAAAACGACGGUCGACAGCACCAAGAAGGGUGUGAAGCAAUCUGACAGUGAAGAGGGUGACCGUGUUGGAUCGCGAUACAGUAAGGAAACGACCUACAAAACAGACCAGAGCAGCAAGUCGAAGAGGCAGGUUAUCGACGAGAGCGGCAGCGACUACGAUAGUUCCUACGAGCACGUGACGAAUAAGACGGAUGUGACAGACGGCAGAAAGUCGAGUGACUCGGUGAAGAAGUCGUCGUCCUCGUCUACUUCCAAGGUGGAGCACACGGUGACGGGGAAAACGACGGCGGAGAACAGCAAGCAGGCGACAAGUGCCAAGCGAUCUUACACCAAGGUUGGAGAAGGUGGGGUGCAUUACGUCUGCACCGGAGACGUAACGGACGACUACGAGGGUGAGGGAAAGGCGGUCGAUGAAAGCUCCUACUCGGUACACAAGGACGUGCAGCAGACAAGUGAGGACGAGACACACCAGUCGAAGGACGAAUACAAACAGAGCAAGGAGUCGAGGGAGGUAUACAAGGAGCACAAGAAGCCCGAACACAUGGAGGCAGAACAGGAGCACAAAGAGGCCAAGAGGGAUCAGCACAAGGAGGUGAAGAAGGAUGUACACAAGGAGGAACACGAGACGGUGCACAAGGAGACGGAGUAUAAGGAGCGCAGGGAGUCGAAGGAGUUGAAGGACCACAAGUCCUCUGAGACGAAGACGGUCGAAUCCAAGGAAUCGAUGGGCCAGCACAAGGCGACGAAGCACGGAUACAUUGCGACCGGCGACCAGGAGCACCGAGGAAAGGAGUCGUACGUGAAGAAAACCACCAUAACGUCGAAGUUUCCUUGGCGAAAUUCGUUACAAGUCGGUACAACGAUCACAGAGCAGUUAGAUUCGGAGGGUGAAUGGACAAGAAGGAAGCAUCAUGACUCGGAGGACAUUAGUGAGGAUGAGGAUGAGUCGAUGUUCACCUUAAGACAGAAACAACAAGAAAGCGCGAGCGGCAAGAAGCAGAGCUCAUACGAGCGUAUGCAGGAAAAGACCCAUACAGAAACAAAGAAAGAGGAGAAGGAGACGGAAGAAGUGAAGAAAGAGGAAACGAAGGAGAAGAAACAGGUGAAGAAAGGAGAGGAACACUCUUCCCAACAGCACAAGUCCAGGGAGGAGCAAAGAUCCGAGGAAAAGGAUAAGCAUAGUGGUUCUUCAGAGGAUGAAUGGACGGAAGUUUCUGAUGGACAAGGAAGCAAGAAGUGUGUGCGGAGGACAACCAUCAGGCCUCGCCAUAAGCAUAGCGGGUGGGGUUCUGAGGAUGAAAGUGAUUACGAGUCUUCAGUUAUGAAAAGGAGAGUGAAACGGGAAGAACAAUGCAAGGGCCACGACAGUGGUGAAAGUAAGGAGGCAAGCAUGAAGAUGACAACGGAAGAGAAAAGAAUUGCCCACGAAAAGAAGAGGCAGGAAGUUGAUGUACACCAUGCUGAAAUUCAGGAAAAGCAUAGAGAGAAUAGAGAGGAGGUGGACAGGCGAUACGCGGAGAAGGAAUCACGGAAGGAGUGCCACAAGAAGGGAAGUGGAAGCGACAGCGAAUGUAAGGAGCGUAAGGAGCACAAAUCCGAGGAGGAGAACAAGUCAAAGGAGCACAAAUGCAAGGAGGAAUACAAAUACGAGGAAUGCAAGUCCAAAGAGCACAAGGAACGCAAGUCCAAGGAGGAGCACAAGGAAUGCAAGUCCAAGGAGGAGCACAAGUCCAAGGAGGAGCACAAGUCCAAGGAGGAGCACAAGUCCAAGGAGGAGCACGAAUCCAAGGAGGAGCACGAAUCCAAGGAGCACGAAUCCAAGGAGGAGCACAAAUCCAAGGAGGAGCACAGAUCUAAGGAGGAGCACAAGUCCACGGAGCACAAGGAGCACAAAUCGAAGGAGGAGCACAAAUUGAAGGAGGAGCACAAAUUGAAGGAGCACAAAUUGAAGGAGGAGCACAAAUCGAAGGAGGAGCACAAAUCGAAGGAGGAGCACAAAUCGAAGGAAGAGCACUCGUCAAAAGAGGAGCACAAAUCGAACGAGCACAAAUCAAAGGAGGAGCACAAAUUGAAGGAGGAGCACCAAUCGGAGCACAAGUCCAAGGAGGAGCACAAGUCCAAGGAGGAGCACAAAUCCGAGGAGUGCAAGGAGCACAAAUCGAAGGAGCACAAAUUGAAGGAGGAGCACAAAUCGGAGCACAAGUCCAAGGAGGAGCACAAGGCCAAGGAGGAGCACAAGUCCUCUUCCUCCUUAGAGCACAAGGCCUCUUCCUCGUCAGAGCAGAAGGCCGCCUCCUCGUUGGAGCACAAGUCCAGCUGUUCAUCACAAGGGAAGAUCUCAAGCUCGGGUUUUAAAUGCAGUUCGUCUUCAGCUAGCGAAAAGAAGAGUUCCGGGUCGGGCUCGAAGUCUAGUUCAAGUUCUUCGUUAGAAAAGAAGUCAAGUUCAAGUUCUCAAGAGAAGAGUUCGAAGGGUUCGUCGUCGGAAGGCACAGGAAAUUAUUCGAUAUCAUACAGUGAGGAGGUCACAGAAGAAAGGAUAAAGAAAAACGGUCGUAGGAAGAAACAAGCGAGCAUAGCUAAGGAAGAAGAGUGGGAGGAGGAGGUGAUCGUGAUCGAGGAGUGGGUUCAGUAUCCAAUGGGGAUUCGCAAUGCACCUGCUACGUUUCAACGGGCUAUGAACGUGACCUUUAAGAACUUUGUCAACAAGACGCGACUAACUCAGUGGAUGAUCAACUUUUGCGCCAUCGUGUACAUGGACGACAUUCUGGUUUACUCGGAGACUUAUCACGGACAUGCACCGCAUAUUGAGUGGACGUUGGGAGCUCUGAGAGACGCUGGGUUCAAGAUCGCGUUAGAGAAGAGCGAGUUUUUCCUCUCGGAGAUCUCGUUUUUGGGUUACGUGGUGACACGGGGAGUAUUGCGGCCAGAUUCGAGGAAAGUCGCGGCUGUGAGAAACGCCCCUGUUCCCACAUCACUAACGCAAGUUCGAGUCUUUUCGGGACUGGCGUCGUACUAUCGCCGAUUCAUCAAGGGUUUUGCAGCGAUUGCGCGGACCCUAACGAGCUUGUUACGAAAGGACCAGCCCCUCAGUUGGGACGCCGAGUGUGAACAGGCUUUCGCCACCCUCAAAGACGCCUUGGCUACAACGCCUAUUUUGAUCCAACCGGACCCUACAAAGCAGUUCAUUCUCAUUACAGACUGGUAGCCAGAGGCGAUUUCCGUUAUUUUAGCGC